CAAGUAAACAGAUGUUGAUAAAAAUUGAGGAAAAGUCAAAACAAAGUGAUUGGAAAGUGCAAAAUUCCUGAAGAAUCUAAAAUUUCCCUAAAUUUACUUGUAAAAUAAUGGCAGAGGAAGCUAUUUUCGAGUAUUUGCACUCCGAGAUUGUCAGCUACACAUUGAACAAGGAGGGUGACAAGGAAAACGACCUGUCCGCGCUGGAGUACAUCGGCUACACGACCGGGUACCGGAUUAUCGAACGGCUCACCCGCGAGUGGCCCCGCUUCAAGGACGAGCUGGACACGAUGAAGUUUAUCUGCACCGACUUUUGGAGCUCGAUUUACCGCAAGCAGAUCGACAACCUGCGGACCAACCACCAGGGCGUGUACGUGCUGCAGGACAAUGCGUUCCGCUUUCUGACGCGGUUGUCGGCCGGGUCGCAGUACCUGGAGCACGCGCCCAAGUUUGUCGCGUUUACGUGCGGGCUGGUGCGGGGUAGUCUGGCCAAUCUGGGCAUCACGAGCGUGGUGACGGCCGAGGUGCAAACCAUGCCGUCGUGUAAGUUUCAUAUCCAGGUCAACCGGGGAUAGCUUGCGGGAGCGAUCGGUGGGAGGGGGAGAAAGGCUACUCGGAAUAAACGGGGUGUGCUUUCUGGUUAA